ACGACCCUUCAGUUACUAGACGAGGCACUAGACCUUUUUCAUGAAAACAAGCUCAUUUUCGUCGACCUUGGCAUUCGAAACAAUUUUAACCUACCAAAGUUGCAUGCUGCUUGUCACUAUCCUCUGAUGAUCAUGCUGUUCGGCUCAACUGAUAAUUAUAACACGGAGUACACGGAACGGCUCCAUAUCGAUUUGGCGAAAGAU